AUAUCUCAACUCUCGCUCCUGCACUCCCAUUUGAGCGGGACGCGCUGCCCUGCUGCUGUUGCUGCAGAAACGUGACAGACAGCCUCACCGGGACGCUCUCGAGAAAGUUUCUUCUCAAAAGGCCAACACGUUAAAUCCUGCCAACGUCUGUGGCGCAGCUGGAAAUCCAUCAAGAGGAUGCAAAUGUUAUGCAUCAAAUGAAAUAAACCUAACAGUAACUUUACAAGAUUAGCUUGAGCAAUCGUCACAAUAGUAUAGUCCUCCAGAGUGAAGCCUUAGUCAUGUCCAAGGAUGAUGUUUGCAAAGUUACAUCAGCCAGCAAACACAAGGAACGGAAGCCCAAGAAGCCUCACUACAUCCCCCGACCAUGGGGCAAACCCUACAACUACAAGUGCUUCCAGUGCCCCUUCACCUGCAUGGAGAAGUCCCACCUGUACAACCACAUGAAGUACAGCCUCUGCAAGAACUCCCUGUCCCUGCUCAUAGAGUCCGACUGGCCGUACAAGAAGGGUAACAUCCUGCACCCGGAACAGCUGCGACCCUUUCAACAGGCGCACGGCCUGCACUCUGCCGGGGCAGAUGAGCUGGAGCAGGCGAUGCGCUCUGAGGAAAAGCAGGGGCAGCGCAGGUCUCUGGAGAACGGCGAGGUUGGGGAAAUGCAAGGAGCUGAAGCUGGGGAAGAGAGAGAACCAAAGGAGCAAGCAGAAAUCACAGGGCUGACCAAAGAAAGCUCCAGCAGCAGCAGAGCAGAUGCUAAGAAAAGCGACCAGGCCGAGUCAGAGCUCCUGAUGGCCGACAUGCUCUCUCUUGAAGAUCAGCUGCUACAAGCACGCUCUGUGGAGGUAGAAGCCCAAUUGAGACACUAUAAGCUACCCAAGACAUGUGUGACAGGUCCUGGGCUUCUGUCCGAGCGCUGGAGACUACUGGCAUCCAGCCACACGAAGGCCAAAGCAGAAGGUGCUCAGCCUCGAGUGAGCGGUUCAAUACCCUGUUACCCUCCCCCCCCUAACCUGCUGGACUACCAGGAUCCCACCGGACUCAACCUAUCGGUACUGGGGGUGGGUUAUCCCAUCAGUCCGAGCUUGUUUUCUUACAUGAACUCCGCCAUUCCCACAGCAGCCUCCGGUGUCACCGCUCAGACCCACGCACAGUUUGCUCAGCUUCCCUUCCUGGCGUCGGCUGCCCAGCUGAUGCAUCCAGUCUCCAGCACACACUCGGACAGAGCUCUCAUCCCCUCGCACCUCUACUAUCCCUUCUUGUGUGAGCACACGUUUGGGCCGGCUUCGAGUCAGAGUGAUGCCAGGAAAUCUCCCAAGACAAACAGUUUAGAGGCAGUUCCUCUGUCUGGCUUUCAACCUAAAGUCAGCCUGUGGAAGGUGCCAGCCCUGCGACCAGGAAACACUGCAUCCCCCGGUGGCUGGGCGUCCCCUCAGAGGGACUCCCUCGACCAGAACUACAGAUUGGCAGAAAAAACUCAAUCCACGGCCAAAGAAGGCCAAGCCAGCUGUGGUCUAAAGAGGACACGAGCUGUUCUGAGGAGUCACGAGGCACCAGUGGAGAAGAAGUCGGCCGUGGGCCUCACAUUUGACCUCCUGAAAAAUAACCAGAACGGAUCGACUGACAAACGCCUCCAUCAAAACAGUUUACAGGCUGCUCAGCUUCAGACCCGACCGAGUGAGCUGUGGUACCAUUCUCUCACCAGUCCCAACAACGAGACAUCCUCCCUGUCUGCUAGCAACACUCAGGACCCGAACGCUACCAGCAUAAUUGAAGAAGAAGUUUCUGAGUCGGUGGCUGCUCUCCUCAGUGAUCUCUCCAAGGCUCUGCAAGAGUACCAGGAGGCUGAACGCAAAAUCUCCCACCUGGAGAAGGAGGACCUUCCUGUCCAGAGACACUUGUGGGAGCACCUGAACAAAAUCCGCAGUGAGCUCUCUCAUAUUCACCAGGCGUUGGAGCGGACAUCUAUUCAGGCUGACGGACCCCUCGAUCUGUCAGUUAGAAGGGACUCAACUGACUCAAUUGGUAAGCAAAGCACAAGAGAGGACAGCAACCCCAAAACUAUUGCAAUUGAGACCGAAGAGGACGAGGACAUGGAGGACAAAAACGAGGAGGAGGACGAAGAGAGGGAGCGGAAGAUGUUGAGGGCAUCGCUGGAGAGCCGUAAGCAGUCAUUGGACAUGUUGAUCAAGAUGAGCCAAGCGUCGGUAGUAAACACAGAGAUACUCCCCCCUGGAGGUCUCAGCCUGAGGUCGGCUGAGGCCUUGUGGCCGAGCAGAACCACCAAGUGUGAGGCCGAUUCCAGUGUCCUACUUUGUCCUGAUGGAAGAUCCGUGGUAUUUGCUGACAUCUCGCCGUCCGUCAAACCUCCAAAGAGACCGCCAUCCUCACAACGCCUGGACACCCAGUGUCCAACAAGUCCUCUAACUGCUCAAGAUAGCUAAAUUUCAGACUCUAACAUAUAAAAUUAUUGUUGUUGGCAUGAUUUCACCACAAGACGGGUCUCGGUGCAUCUUCACUAAAACAUAUGCACCUUAUAAGACAAACAGGAAGUGAAGGAUCUUUUUUUUUUCCAACUUACUAAAACCAUUGAUUGUUGCAUUGAGUUCUUCUUUAAAAUGAUAAAAAUCAUUAACUUAUUUUUAAAUUAUUUAAACAUCUGAGUUAACAAAAAAACAGACAAUCCUGUAGCUGGUCUGUA